UUAGUGUCAUAAAAGCAGAAUCAGAGAAGUAUAUUUUUGAUUCGUUUUAAAUUAUUUUUUAGUACAUGAUGUAAAUUGUCAUUGAAGUUUUCUAUAAGUAUAUACAACAUGUCCUCAGCAAUUUUGCAGCAGUUUGUAACGAACUUAAAAUCGCGUCAUGAAUCUGUACGGCACAAGACGGCCCAAGAGCUAUCGCUUUAUGUUAAGAGUGAGCUAAGAGAAGCAACUCCCGAUGAAAUCAACACUUUCCUCGAAGAAUUCAAUCACCACAUCUUUGAAAUGGUUUCUAGUAAUGAUGUCAAUGAGAAAAAAGGAGGCAUACUGGCUAUCUUAUGCUUAAUUGGUACCGAUGUUGGUAACAUGACUAACAGAAUAAGCCGGUUCGCUAAUUACCUAAGAAAUUUGCUGCCCUCAAGCGAUGUCGGUGUAAUGGAACUUGUCGCUAAAGCUAUGGGUCAUUUGGCUGUGGUUUCUGGUUCUAAAGCAUCAGAAUAUGUAGAGUUUGAAGUUAAACGUGCUUUUGAAUGGCUACAAAAAGAGCAGGCAGAUGGAAAAAGACAUGCUGCAGUUUUAGUACUAAAAGAGUUGGCAAUUACAAUGCCAACAUACUUCUAUCAACAAGUCUCCCAAUUUUUUGACUUAAUUUUUUUGGCGAUACAAGACCCCAAAGUUGCCAUACGUGAAGGUGCCAUAGAAGCUUUAAGAGCAGCACUUGUUGUUACUGCUCAAAGAGAGAUCGUUAAACAACGAGCCGCAUGGUAUAAGCAAUGUUACGAAGAAUCAGGAAAGCUUCUUCUUGCCGACCGAGGAGAGAGAGUAAAGGACGAACGUGUACAUGCCUCUCUGUUGAUUUUAAAUGAAUUACUGAGAUUAGCAAAUGCUUCAUGGGAGCGCAAAUACACAGCCCUAUUAGAGAAUACAGAUCCGAAAAGGUCCUCGGAUUGCGAUAGCUUCAGCUUCAAUCGACCACUUUUCAUGUACACAAAUCCCACAAAGAAAGCGUCCAACUACCAAGUUUUGUCAGCGUUAUCCUCUGAGAAACACGUUAUAAUAGAGUCUUUCACUUGCCGCCACUUAGUUACUGAAAAAUUUGAAUAUAUUUGCCUGGAUGUGUUGCAACAGAAAUUUUCCAGAUAUAGUUACGUUCAGCAGACUUUGCUCACUGUUUUACCCAGGCUGGCUGCUUUCGACAAGAAAUGCUUUGUGGAGAAGCACCUUCCUGGUGCCAUGAACCAUUUAUUUAAUAUUUUGAGGGGCAGGGAGAAGGACAGAACUACCGCUUUUAUAACUAUAGGAUUGAUUGCUGUAGCCAUAGAAGAAGACAUAGACCCCUACGUUGAUAAGGUCAUGGAACUAGUAAAGAUGGCUCUGCCUAGAGGGGACACUAUAGGCAAAAAGCGUCCUAUCAUAGACUCUUGCGUCUUCAAGUGUGUCACCUUCCUCGGCUUGGCGCUUAAAACUCACGACAAAAUGGACAUUCCCAACAUCCUGGAACAAAUGCUAGCGACUGGCCUAACGCCAUCUUUAACGAUAUGUCUUAGAGAGUUAGCUAAACGUGUACCAGCCCACAAAGACAAAAUCAGUUUAGGCCUGCUUAGGAUGCUGUCGCACAUCCUACUAAACAAACCCCUGGUUCACCCCGGCAUGCCUAGGCACCUGAGCGGCAACAUCAUGUCUCUGAGUAGCUCCGAAGCUCACGACACUCAAAUUAUCGUGCUGGCGUUGCACACUCUGGGUACGUUUGAUUUCGAGGGUCAGAGAUUGUUGCCAUUCGUGCAGCGAUGCGCCAAGCAUUUCCUCAUACACGAGCAGAUGGAAAUAAGGUUAGAAGCUGUUAAAACGACUUGCAGAUUGCUCCGACAAGCUAUCAGAAGUACGACGAAAAAUCCGUCGGAAACCGUUACCAAAACGGUCGCCUCGGUCCUGCACAGGUUAUUAGGCGUAGGACUGACAGACACGGAAGCUAGCGUGAGACGAGGAGUUCUGGUUUCCCUAGACCCAACUUUCGACCAUCAUUUAGCUCAGGCGGAGUCCCUGGGGGCGCUUUUCAUCGCCUUGCAGGAUGAAGUCUUUGAAAUAAGGGAGGUAGCCCUGUUUACGAUCGGUAGGUUGAGCUGUAUGAAUCCCGCAUUCGUCAUGCCCAGUCUUAGGAAGGUUUUGGUGCAGUUAUUGACCGAACUGGAGCAUUCCGGGACCGGCAGGAAUAAGGAGCAGGGGGCCAAGAUGCUGGACCAUCUAGUAGUCAGCGCUCCUAGGCUGAUAAGACCUUACAUGGAACCUAUUUUAAAGGUAUUAGUUCCGAAAUUAAAAGAACCUGAACCCAAUCCCGGAGUUGUUUUAUCGGUACUCCUUACCAUUGGCGAUUUAGCUGAAGUAACUGGCGGCGAUUCCGAGUUGCAACAGUGGAUGCAGGAACUAAUGACUAUUUUAUUGGAAAUCCUCGGUGACGCGUCAUCACCAGAAAAAAGAGGUGCUGCUUUAUGCACCCUCGCCCAACUGGUAGGAGCUACGGGACAUGUUAUUAGACCCUACACUCAAUACCCCAUGUUGCUGGACGUACUAAUUAACUUUUUGAAGACCGAACAACAGCCUUAUAUCAGAAAGGAAACUAUUAGGGUACUCGGACUGCUCGGUGCGUUGGAUCCUUACAAACACAAAAUGCAUCGGGGCCAGAUCGAUAACCAACCGGAGGCUCCCGCUCUGAUAGCCAUCAGUGACAAAAUUGCUAACGCUGGAGAGAACGAGAACGAUUUCAGUGUGAGCCCAAGCGAGAUGCUCGUGAGCAUGAGCUCUAGUACCCUGGAGGAAUAUUAUCUGGCGAUGGCGAUAGCCACGCUCAUGAAAAUCAUAAGGGACCCUACCUUGUCUCAGCAUCACACCAUGGUGGUGCAGGCCGUCACAUUUACCUUCAAGAGUUUGGGUAUUAAGUGCGUUCCUUAUAUCUCUCAGGUGCUUCCGAGUUUGUUAAAUGUCGUUCGAACCGCCGACGAGAAAUUCCGAGAAUAUCUCUUCCAACAGCUCGGACAGCUGAUCGCCAUCGUUAAACAGCACAUACGCAACUAUCUAGACGACAUUUGUAAGCUUAUAAAGGAAUUCUGGACACCUAACAGCACCAUACAAAGCACCAUAAUUCUCCUUUUGGAACAUAUCGCGGUUGCGUUGGGAGCAGAGUUCAAAGUGUACCUACCCCGGUUGAUACCUCAAAUAUUGAGGGUUUUGAAUCACGACACUUCCAAGGACAAACGUCACACGAUGGCGCUUCUAGAAGCUAUGUACAAGUUCGGGAAUAACUUGGAGGAUUAUAUGCAUUUAAUUCUUCCUCCGAUCGUCAGGUUAUUCGACGCGGCGGAUUGCCCUCUUGCCGUUUCCAAGCAAGCCUUGGAGACCAUCGAUCAACUAGCCGAAAUUCUGGAUUUCUCUGAUUUCAUAUCCCGAAUCAUUCACCCCUUGGUACGCACCAUAGACAAUUCUCCCGAUUUACGUCCGGCGGCUAUGGAAUGUCUCUGUUCGUUAGUAAUGCAAUUGGGUCGCAAAUUUUGUAUAUUCGUACCAAUGGUACAAAAAGUCCUGAAUAAACACAAAAUUCAGAAUAGGAAAUGGGACAUUUUAGUGUCUAAGAUUCAGGCCGACAGUACGAUGGCGGACGAGAGCGAUUUGUCCAUGCCAAGGAAGAAUCGGAUGAAAAAUAGGGGGGAUCCGGGGCUUCCCAGUGAUUCUACCAUAAGUCAAAGAUUGAAAGUGUCGGAGAAAAACCUGCAACAGGCCUGGACACCUAACAGAAGGGUUUCAAAGGACGAUUGGCUGGAAUGGUUGCGCCGCCUAAGCCUCGAACUAUUAAAACAGUCCCCGAUCCCUGCGUUACGCUCGUGUCUGCCUCUGGCUCAGACAUACUCGCAACUGCCGAGGGAUCUGUUUAAUGCUGCCUUUGUUAGUUGUUGGACGGAACUCAAAGAACCCAUGCAGAAAGAGCUGAUGCAGUGCUUGGAACAGGCGCUUACAGUCCCAGACGUUCCAGAGAUCACGCAGACUAUUUUGAACUUGGCGGAGUUCAUGGAGCACUGUGAUAAGGGGCCCUUGCCUUUGGACACCCAUCUGCUGGGGGAACAUGCGAUGCAUUGCAGGGCAUAUGCUAAAGCUCUGCACUACAAAGAAGAGGAGUUUCAACAUGGGGGAGCCCACAAGGACAGCGUGGUCGAGGCACUUAUUUCAAUCAACAAUAAACUGCAACAAAAAGAAGCGGCAGAGGGGUUACUCCAGUACGUAAUGAGGUUAGGUGGUGAAGUGCAAGUAAAGAUGAGAUGGUACGAGAAGCUUCACAACUGGGACAAAGCUCUUGGACUAUACCAGGAGAAACUCGAAAAGGAAUCGUUUGAUCAGGACGCUUGUCUCGGUCAGAUGAGGUGUUUAGAGGCGUUAGGCGAAUGGGCAGGUCUGCACAAAGUGGUGGAGAGCAAGUGCCAGCUCCUCUCUGAAGACAACCGCCAGAAGGCCUGCCGUUUGGCCGCCGCUGCCUCGUUUGGCCUCCACAACUGGGAGUCUAUGGAGAAAUACGUCAACGUCUUACCCCAAGACUCCCAGGACGGGGCGUUUUACCGAGCCAUCUUGGCGAUACACAAGGAGCAAUACAAGGUGGCGCACGACUACAUUUACAAAACGAGGGAGAUCCUUGACACCGAACUGACUGCCAUGGCGGGAGAGAGUUACCAGAGGGCGUACGGGGCCAUGGUGCAGGUUCAGAUCCUCAGCGAGUUGGAAGAGGUUAUGCAGUACAAGUUGGUGCCGGAAAGGAGGCAUACAUUGAAGGCCAUGUGGUGGCAGAGGUUGCAAGCUGGGCAACGGUUGGUGGAGGAUUGGCAGAAGAUAAUCCAAGUGCACUCGUUGGUGUUGGAACCUCACGAAGACGUUCACACGUGGCUGAAGUACGCCGCGCUUUGCAGGAAGAGCGGUUCAAUGAGGCUGUCCCACAAAACAUUAGUAAAACUUCUUGGAUACGACCCCGAAGAAAACCCACACCUAGCCCUGCCUCAUACCUGUCCUCAGGUUACUUUCGCUUAUACAAAACAUUUGUGGGCCGUGGAUCAAAAGCACAGAGCGUACCAGCAACUGGAACAUUUCCUUAACGACUACACGCAAUAUACUCCGGAUGUGGAUAUCAGCCAAGAAGACAGGCAAAGGCUUCUCGCAAGGUGUUACUUGAAACUGGGUGCUUGGCAAGAAAACCUUAAAGGUGUGACGGAGAGUUCUAUCCCGUCCAUCCUCAAUUACUAUAACCAGGCUACCGAGUACGAUCCGGACUGGUACAAAGCCUGGCACUCGUGGGCAUACAUGAACUUCGAUACAGUCCUUUUCUACAAAAAUAAAGAAGAGACGGAAAAGGCCAAGAACGAGAAAAACGCGCUGAAUCAGGAACGUGUAGUUGACGUUAACAAACACACGGUAGCGGCCAUCAAAGGAUUUUUUAAGUCAAUCUACUUGUCCAAAGGCAGCUCGCUGCAGGACACGCUCCGCUUGCUCACGCUGUGGUUCGACUACGGCGUUACACACGAAGUAUCGGACGCGAUAGGAGAAGGAAUCUGCCUCGUAGAGAAGAACACUUGGUUGCAGGUGAUUCCCCAACUUAUAGCGAGGAUCGACACGAACCGACUUAUAGUCUCCAAACUCAUCAACCGUCUAUUGGUCGAUAUCGGCAAGACCCACCCGCAGGCACUGGUGUAUCCGUUAACGGUAGCCACGAAAAGCAAUUCCGCUAUAAGGAGGAGCGCCGCCAACAAGAUACUUAAAAAUAUGAGCGAGCAUUCCCCCACGUUGGUCCAGCAGGCACUUAUGGCCUCGGAGGAACUCAUCAGGGUCGCCAUUUUGUGGCACGAGAUUUGGCACGAAGGGUUAGAAGAAGCGUCGAGAUUGUACUUUGGAGAGAGAAACGUAGAAGGAAUGUUGCGUAUUCUCGAACCCCUUCACAUUAUGCUCCAAAGGGGACCACAGACUUUGAAGGAAACCAGUUUUACGCAAGCUUAUGGAAGAGACUUGAAUGAGGCACACGAGUGGUGCCAAAGAUACAGGAUUUCUGGUAACAUCCGUGACUUAAACCAAGCUUGGGAUCUUUACUAUCACGUGUUUAGAAGAAUUACGAGACAACUACCUCAACUAACCUCCCUCGAGCUACAGUAUGUCUCGCCGAACCUUCUCGUAUGCCAAGAUCUUGAACUUGCCGUGCCAGGUAGCUACGCGCCCGGCCAACCUAUAGUAAAAAUAGCGUACUUCCACAGAUCCCUAGAGGUUAUCACAUCCAAACAACGCCCGAGAAAGUUAACGAUAAGGGGUAGCAACGGCAAAGAUUACAUGUUCCUGUUAAAAGGACACGAAGACUUGAGACAGGACGAGAGGGUGAUGCAACUCUUCGGUUUAGUCAACACGUUGCUGUUGAAAGACCCCGACACAUUCCGCAGGAAUUUAACCAUUCAGCGUUACGCCGUAAUACCCCUCAGCACAAAUUCCGGCCUGAUCGGAUGGGUACCGCAUUGCGACACCUUGCAUACUCUCAUAAGAGAUUACAGAGACAAAAAGAAGAUUUUAUUGAACAUAGAGCACAGACUAAUGCUACGAAUGGCCGCGGAUUACGAUCAUUUGACCGUUUUGCAGAAAGUCGAGGUAUUCGAGCACGCUUUGGAGCACACCAACGGCGACGACCUAGCACGGCUUUUAUGGCUGAAAAGCCCGUCCUCCGAGGUGUGGUUCGAUAGGAGAACCAAUUAUACCCGUUCUCUGGCUGUGAUGUCAAUCGUGGGCUAUAUCUUAGGUUUAGGCGAUCGCCACCCGAGUAAUUUAAUGUUAGACAGGCUGAGCGGGAAAAUCUUACACAUAGACUUCGGCGACUGUUUUGAAGUAGCAAUGACGAGAGAGAAAUUCCCUGAAAAAAUCCCCUUCAGGCUUACUAGGAUGCUGAUAAACGCCAUGGAGGUGACUGGAAUCGACGGAACCUACCGAAAGACCUGCGAAUCUGUGAUGUCCGUUCUGCACCGUAAUAAAGACAGCGUGAUGGCUGUUUUGGAGGCUUUCGUAUACGAUCCGUUACUUAAUUGGAGACUGACAGACACCGGCGCUAGAAAUAAGUCUACUACUGGAGAAAUCGAAUCUUUCUCGUUGGGAACGUCCCAAGAUCACGAUUUAACUGAAUCGCUGAGUGUAACAUUUAAUAAGAAGAGUUUGUUGACUGAUAUACCCGAUACUUCGCAACCAGAGGCUUCGAGUAAGAAAUCAGUUUCUAUUAUCAACCGAGUGCGAGAUAAACUGACAGGAAAUGAUUUUAACGUGGACGAAACUCUGACGGUUGAGAAGCAAGUCGAUUUGUUGAUCCAACAGGCUACGAGUAAUGAGAAUUUAUGCCAGUGUUACAUUGGUUGGUGUCCAUUUUGGUGAAGAAACGCUGUUAUCUUUAUUUUUUUAAUAUGACCACUGAGUUUAUUAUAAGUGUAAAUUUAUUUUUUGAUUAGAUAUGUACUGGUAUUAUAUACCAUUGUUUUGUAUUCACAGAGUACCUUUGUCUUGCUACAUAGUUUGUAAAUAAAUACAAGUA